CGGGAGAGGGGAAAAACAAAACAAAACACCACCCCUUUUCCUCAGAAACGUCUUCUUUGAAAGGGCGGUCGCUUUCAGAUUGCCCUGAUGUAACCCACCGGGCGAAACCUGAAAACUGCGCUCACGGGCUGGGCUUCUGAAGAUGGAUGAAAUUACGCGCCUCUCGCCCUCAUGCAUAAAACAUGGCGCCGGAGGCGGUAGAAGCUAGGCUCCCAGAGAGCAGAGCCAGGUAACCGGCACGGAUCGCUCUUGAGUUUCCCUGGAGCUAUCGGUGGCGAGCCGUGCGCUCCACCAUAUCCGAGGGGAAACUGGGGGCCAAAGCUUCUCGCUGGGCGCCGGCCUCUUCCUCCUCCUCCUCCUCCUCCGCACGUGCCUCCUCGCCGCGACUUCCGCGCGAUUUUUGGCGCCGCCGGUUUAGUAGACCCUCCGCGCUUCUGCCCAUGGAGCUCCGGCCAGGUCAACGCUGUCGCUGCCUUCUGAGGAACAGACUUCGGAGGCGCAGAACUGAACGCCGGCGUUUCUGCAAAAUACCUUCAAGAUCCCCAGAAAUCAUGUCAAUAGGAUCUCAUUCAUUCUCCCCAGGAGGCCCUAAUGGGAUCAUUAGAAGUCAAUCCUUUGCUGGUUUCAGUGGUCUUCAAGAAAGACGAUCCAGAUGUAAUUCCUUUAUUGAGAAUUCCCCUGCACUCAAAAAACCCCAAGCCAAGGUGAAAAAAGCACAUCAUUUGGGGCACAAAAGUAACAGCUCUGCUAAGGAGCCACAGCCUGAAAGAAUGGAGGAAGUUUACAAGGCCUUGAAGAAUGGAUUAGAUGAAUAUUUGGAAAUACAUCAAACAGAACUGGAUAAAUUAAGUGCUCACUUGAAAGACAUGAAAAGAAAUUCACGGCUGGGGGUGCUAUAUGAACUUGACAAGCAAAUGAAAGCAAUUGAAAGAUAUAUGAGAAAGCUAGAGUUUCAUAUCAGUAAGGUAGAUGAACUCUUUGAAGCCUACUGUAUCCAAAGGCGGCUCCGUGAUGGUGCCAGCAAAAUGAAGCAAGCGUAUGGGUUGUCCCCUGCUAGCAAGGCAGCUCGAGAGAGUUUAUCAGAAAUCAACAAAACCUAUAAAGAAUAUACUGAGAACUUGUGUGCCAUUGAAGGAGAGCUGGAAAACUUAAUGGGGGAGUUCUGCAUCAAGAUGAAAGGUCUGGCUGGCUUUGCUCGACUUUGCCCUGGAGACCAGUAUGAAAUAUUUAUGAGGUAUGGUCGUCAAAGAUGGAAACUAAAAGGCAAAAUAGAAGUCAAUGAUAAGCAAAGUUGGGAUGGAGAAGAAAUGAUCUUCCUCCCCCUUAUUGCUGGGCUAAUCUCCAUUAAGGUCACAGAAGUUAAAGGUCUUGCCACUCAUAUUUUGGUUGGAAGUGUUACUUGUGAAACGAAAGAUUUAUUUGCUGCUCAGCCUCAGAUAGUCGCUGUGGAUAUCAAUGACCUUGGCACAAUAAAGCUGAAUCUGGAAAUCACUUGGCAUCCAUUUGAUGUGGAGGACAUUACCCCAUCAACAGGCAACACAAACAAAGCGUCAGCUAUUCAAAGAAGGAUGUCCAUUUAUAGUCAAGGCACUCCAGAAACACCAACUUUCAAGGAUCAGUCAUUCUUUUUAAAUUUACCAGAUGAUGUUUUUGAAAAUGGAACAGCAAAAAAUGAGAAAAGCUCGUUUUCUUUCAGUUUCAAUGACAUUACCAGUGGACAUUGUACUACAUCAUAUAGUUCAACAGACUCAUCUUCUACCAUAGAUAAUUCCAAUCCUGAAAUUAUUGCCACAACCCCAGGCAUAAGUUUAUCCAAACCUGACAGUGUGCACAAUAUUCAUUCAAGCUGUGAAGACUCCAUAUCUGAAUCCAACAACUUAACAUCACAAAUACAUAGUGAAAAUAUGACCACAAAUCUAGAUUCUGAGCUUUGCCAAAGUUCUCCUCAUUUGAGAGGCAACAGUGUGAUUUUAGCAAGUAAUGUCUCAGAGCCACUUAUUCAGGAUACAGAUGAAUUAUCAGACGUCAAACCUGUAGAGCUGGAUACCUUUGAAGGCAAUAUCACGAAGCAGCUGGUUAAAAGACUGACAUCUGGAGAGGGGCCAAUGACACCUGAAAAAUGUCAUUGUGAGGGAUCAAUUAGUGGAGAAUCUGAAGGCUAUAAAUCAUGUGUUGAUGGAAGUCUAGAAGAAGCAUUUCAGGGGCUUCUAUUAGCUCUUGAACCUCAUAAAGCACAGUUUAAAGAAUUCCAGGAAUUGGACCAAGGAAUUACACAUCUAGAUGAGAUCCUAAAAUGCAGACCAGUAGUAAGUCACAGCAGGUCAUCCAGCUUAAGCCUAACAAUUGAGAAUGCACUGGAAAGUUUUGAUUUCCUCAACACUUCUGACUUUGAAGAUGAAGGUGGUACUGAUGAGUUUUGUGGUGAUGCUCAUGGUGCAGACUCUGUGUUCUUAGACACUGAAAUCGAGAAAAACAGUUACAGGUCAGAACACCCAGAAGGCAGAGGGCAUCUCAGUGAAGCAUUGACGGAAGACACAGGAGUUGGAACCAGUGUGGCUGGAAGUCCUCUGCCAUUGACCACCGGAAAUGAAAGCCUUGAUAUCACCAUAGUCAAGCACUUGCAGUACUGCACACAGCUUAUCCAGCAAAUUGUAUUCUCUAGUAGAACUCCAUUUGUCACAAGGUCUCUUCUGGAUAAACUAUCCCAACAAAUUUUAGUGAUUGAAAAUCUUGCAGAGAUCAGCAGUGAGACUCUGGGAAGCUUCAGACCUGUAAGUGAAGCAAUUCCAGAAUUUCAGAAAAAGAUAUCCCUUCUUUCUUUCUGGAAUAAAUGUACCAAUUCUUCUGGGUUGUAUCAUACCUCUGCAGACAAAAUGAUCAUACAAUUGGAUAUCACUUUUUCUACAGUGGUGAAUGGAGAAUAUCCAGGACUUUCAGAGACAGUAUUUGGAAAUUUGAUUUCUCAUAUCUUGGACCGUGCAGAACCUCUCCUCUCCUCCAGUCUGUCCUUGGAAGUCAUAACAGUUUUUCAGUAUUACAGCUAUUUAGCUAAUAAAAAUGUUAGCGAUCUGGCAAACUAUUUGCUUCAGCUUGCAAGAGAAGCUUUAAUGGCACAAACUCUACAGUCUUUAAGAGAUGAAAAGUUCUUGCAGAAUAAGGCCAAUUUAACCUCCAUUAGUCUCUCACCUCAACAAGAAGUGCUGAAGUCUUUGGCUGUCCUUCUGACUGAAAAUAAAAGGGAAACCUAUGAAGCUGUAGUAACAAUAUUGUCAGCUGCUGCAGCAGAAAACAAACACUUCAGGGAAAAGGCUUUAAUUUAUUACUGCGAGAGCCUUGCCCAGCCCAGCCUCCCUCUGCAGAAGGCUGCUUGCCUGGCCUUGAAAUGCCUUCAGGCAACUGAAAGUAUUAAAAUGCUGGUCACUCUUUGCCAGUCUGGCAAUGAAGAAGUUAGGAAUACAGCUUCUGAAACCUUGCUCUCUCUUGGAGAAGAUGGACGGCUGGCAUAUGAACAGCUAGACAAAUUCCCCCGUGAAUUUGUUAAAGUUGGUGGUCGACGUACAACUGAAGUGGCUACAGCUUUUUAAGUGUUCAAUUUACAUUUUAAGAUAUGUCAAUUUCAUCUGAACCACGAUGGUCCUGUAAAAAAAAACGAAAAUUCAAAGCCUAUUAUUUGAAAAUUGUUUUGUAACUUAUGAAUUUAUGAGCAUUAAAAAAGAGAGAGGAUUUAAUGUAUGGGCUGCUGUUGGCUCUUCUAUGUAGCUUAUAGUGAAAUAUUAAUUUGUUGAAGAUUAUGAUAAUCUUGCUUUUGUGAAAUCCAAGUAAUUGUUGUAAAGCUUUGGAAAAAUGAGAGAUGUUUUAAAAUUAUAACAUAUGUUAAAUAUAGAGCAGUGCGUGUUUGGUGGGCAUAAUUGUGCCAGUUUGCAAUAUGUGAUAUUGUGUUGAAAACAUUGAAAAGCAACCAUUUAAAGCUAUUCUGACUCCCACCUUCUCUGAAUCUCUGUAUUCAUCAAAUAUUUGCCUGUUUGAUUUUAUUACUGGUAACCAUCUAAGUUAGCAUAAGAAGCAAUACUCAAAAUUAGGCCAAACCAAGGAUGUGAAAUUCCAGAUAGUGUGAUUUGUGCCCCGUUUAAAUUUCCAUUCUUCCUUUUUUCCUGCCCUUCACUCAGAAUGCAUGUUGAUACUAGAAUACAUUUUUCAUUGAUAACCAAUUGUGGAAGUUGUGUAAAGCAAGUGAAAAAUUAAAUUUGCUUUUUUUUUUCCUACAGAGAAGUAUAUAGAGUAUACUUAAUGACAGAUAAGCCCCAAAUUCCCAAAAUUUCAGGGAGGGGAAAUUUACCUGUUACUUUUUAAGAACUUGAUUUAUUUAAUUUUAUUUUUCAAUAUGACAGAUGAUAACAAAGAUGAUUCUGGACUGCCUUAUAGACUAUAAAGUAAUCAAGAUAGCUUAUAGCUUAAUCUGAUGCAGACUUUCUCUGAAGAAAAUCCUUUUAACCUGAUUUACUUUCAAAUAAAAAUGAAUAGAAUUGUAGUUCCAAAGUAUUUAAUAAACUCCUUGCCGCUAUUUUUGUGGAUAUACAAUUAUGAAAGCUACUUUUCAGGUCUACAAGCAGAAAAAAAAAGCAAUCAAGCAUUCUCUGAAUCAAGUAGAUUUUGGAGUUUUGUUUAGAAAUAUGAUUUAAUAAAGCCUUUUUGCAAAUGCAUGGUUAAGACAUUUUCGUGAAUGUAUAUAUCUGUAUAUUUAUAAAUCAAAUAUAAGUAUUACCUGAUUAAAAUUACAUUUGUACAGUUAGUGAAAGGUCUACUGAAAAAAAACAAGCAUUUCUCAUAAGAUGUGAAAGUAUUAUGCUUCAGGAUUUUAUAGCACAUUGCUCACAUGAGCUUGCAACCUUUUAUGGCUGUCUUUUGUACUGAUUCUUGACUUAUAUAUGCCUUCUAAUUUUGUGGUAUUUGUUAUUUCUGGUAUUUACUGCUUCCUUUAAGUUAUAAUAAAUAUUA